AUGUCGAUGACUCUGGCGACCACAUGGGUGAGGCGAGGUGUCGCCGCACAAUUCCCCACGAAAUAUCAAGUCGACGAAGCAGAACUUAACCGCAUCUCAAAAUUAGCCCGGUUGCAACUAGAGGAUGCCCAGGCGGAUCUAGACAACGCUCAAAAUCCCAAGGGUGGCGAUGAGUCGGAAGAUGCAGACUCGGACACUGGCAUGCCCGCAAUGGAAACUACCCAAUCCAACAGGGACACCGUAGAAGAGACAGAUGACCUGAAAGAAUAUAAUCUCGACAACUACGACGACGAACCUGUCGACGAACAAGGCGAGAAAUUUGCCAUGUUUGGCAAUGUCAAUUCUUUGGCAUAUCAUGCGCCGCAUGAAAAAGAUCCAUACCUCGUAUUACCCGAAGGGGAGCAAGAAUCAGAGGACGAAAGAGAAGAACUACAGAUACUGCCCUCAGACAAUCUUAUCCUGGCGGCCAAGGUUGAGGAUGAGGUCGCGCACCUGGAGGUAUUUGUCUAUGAAGAUGAGGCUGACAACCUCUACGUCCAUCAUGACAUAAUGUUGCCUGCAGUUCCGCUGUGUGUUGAAUGGAUCAAUGUUCCCGUCGGGAAAGACGCGGGGAGUCGGUCCGAAGGGAAUUUCGUUGCGGUAGGAACCAUGAGCCCCGAGAUCGAAAUCUGGGACCUCGAUGUCGUGGAUAGCAUGUACCCUAACGCGAUACUGGGGCAAGAACCAGAGCCAUCGGCUGAAGAACAGGAGCAGAACGAAGAAAGCUCUACAAGCAAGAAGAAGUCGAAAAAGAAGAAAAAGAAGCCCAAGGCCAAUGAUGAAUAUCAUGUCGACGCAGUUCUUGCUUUGGCUGCCAAUCGGCAUCAUCGAAAUUUGCUGGCUUCGGCAUCUGCCGACAAGACUGUUAAACUUUGGGACCUAAAUACUGGAAAAUGUGCAAAAUCAUACACAAUGCACUCUGGAAAAGUGUGUGCGUUGGAUUGGCAUCCCACACAGUCAACUGUAUUACUCAGUGGAGGCUAUGAUCGGACCGUUAUCGCUACGGAUAUGCGAGCCCCAGACGCGAUAGCACCAAAAUGGGUGGUCGAAGCUGAUGUGGAGAAAGUGAGAUGGGAUAGCCAUGAUCCCAAUUUUUUCUGGGUCACAACGGAAGCUGGCACGGUGCAUUAUUUUGACGCUCGCAUUGUUCCCACUUCUCAUGACAAGCCAAGCAAAUCUAUAUGGACGUUACAAGCUCACGAUGGUGCUGUGAGCGCAUUUGAUAUCAGUCCUUCUGUGCCUGGUCUCCUGGCAACCGGGUCGGAUGACAAAAAGGUCAAGCUCUGGGACGUGGAGGACAACAAGCCUCGUAUGGUUGUUUCGAGAAAUCUCGAAGUGGGGCGGAUAUUUUCAGUCCAGUUUGCACCAGACCCAGAGGUGGCCUUUAGACUCUCAGUUGCGGGAAGCCGCGGACAAAUGCAGGUGUGGGAUAUCAGUACCAAUCCUAGCAUAAGGAAAGUGUUUGCCGGAAGAGUCAAGCUGCCUGAGUCAGAUGGCAAGGAAAGACUAGUUGGCGUCAACGAAAGCAGUGAUGAGGAGAGUGAUGAAGAAGACCAAGAUGAAGGCAGCAUAGAGACAGGUGAAGGAGGUCAAAAUGGUUGGGAGUCAAUGGAUGAAGACUGA